AAUGAUAGGGAUUUUGUAGAAGUAUACUUCCAGGAAAAGGUUGUAGAGUAGUUUUGCUUUGACAACAUCGAACAACAGCAAUCGGAUUAUAGGAUUAUUUAGUUUUUACAAUCGGAAUGACAGCUAAUCUAUGUGCGGGAGUACAAGCAAAUGCGUCCAUUCGUGUUUUUUUCUAUGAGUUAGGAGUGUUUUUAUGUGACGAUUUCUUUGAGUAAGAUCUGACGAACUGUACAAGUGAUGAUAAGACCUGCAAGAACUCAAGCGCCAUAUCUUAUAAACUCUUGAAAACUGUUUCAGACAACAAACAACAAAUUAUUUUCCCGUUGGAAAAUCAACAAACCGCGGGAUAAAGAGUACAGAAUGUUUCAGGAUGUUCGUGGCUAACUGUAAACAAAGUAAUCAAACUAAAUGCAAUAAGAUAUAGGAUGUCGACUCAAGGAAAAAAAAAAAAAACCCGCUGAAAUAUAAAUUUCUCGACACGCAUGACUCAACACAGGUCAGAAACAAAAUUAUUUCCGUUGUUCUUAGCAGCAUUAAAGUUGAAUCCCUCGUGAAGAUAGAUAACAUGGAGAAAGUUUACCUGCCAAUCAAAACCUUCGGAGGUUUGUUAUUGCAAGACAAUGGAUAGUGAACAUAAAACACGCAUUUAUUAGAACAUUACAAAAAUAAAUAAAUAAAUAAAAUAAAAAAGAGAAAAAUUUUCUUCAAUUGACACCCACGGGAAAGAUGUCGACCAAAUUACUUUUCUUCAGAAGAUGAAAAACAGAUUGACGGAGGAGCAGAAAAAGAGGGGAGGGGGAAAGGGGUAGAAGGUCAUUUGCUCGAGAGCACUCAUUUUUUUCUCUGACGUCACAGGGGACAACAUGGCGCGUGCGUUGUGGAAAAAAAAAUUCCGCCAUUUCUGACAUGAUUCCUGGUCUUGCCGCAUUCGCUGGCCGCUGCAUUUCUAUUUCCGCUGGGGAGCCACAUUAAAAAAAAAAAAAUAAAUAAAAAAAACCUCCUCCCUCCCCAUCCCUCCCAUGUGGACCCCACAAUUGGCCCGCUCACUUCUCCAUUUAUCUGCUCUUUCCUGCUCGCCGCCCAAAAAAAGCCGCACACCGCCGAGGUUAAAUUGGCAUAUUGGAAAAAUUGAAUGGCUUACAACUCAUUCACUCAGGCGCCUCCACGCCCGCGAAGAUGCAUUCUUUCUUUUGGCUUUGGAAACAAUUUAAUCGGUUCAGCGUAAGGAAAGAACAAGUUCAUUGAGAACUGUCCCGGGGUCCUUUAAUUCACCCUCAGUAUGUACUUCAAAUCAUUCUGGAAACGAAAACGCCUAGAGGAGAUGGUUGGUGUGGGGGUGGGGUAGGUGGAGGAUGUGGGGGUGGAGGAGGAGAGAAAAGUUUGGAAGGGGGAGGAGGGGAGAUCGCAGACAGAAGAGCCUGGGGAGGGAGGGAGAGAGAAAGAGAGAGCGGCGCUGGGCGUGGUCAUUGACGCACUUAUAACCAAUGGCAGGCUAGACAUUGCGUGUAGAUUGGCCAUCAGCAGGGUGUCACCGCCUAUCUCCUGUCGACCACCGCUAGUCUUCUCCCGGGCUGCGUGGUGCUCCGCCAUCCAACUUUGACCGCUCGGCGGAGAGCUGCAACCCUCGCACUGGGCGCGCAACAUCGACGAGCGGAGACUCGAGACUUGUGGAGUAAAACGACGGUCUUGCCCUCCUCAAAGGAUAUUUAAAAAAAAAAUUAACUAAAAAAAAAAAAUUAAAUAAAAAAAUAAAUAAAAGACGACGACUUCGGUGAGGAUAAAAACGAAGACGCUGUCAUCACUUGUCGAGAGAGGCUUCUUACGUCAGCUGCACUAUGACCUGAUGAAGCACGGGUGCUCGUGCGGUGUUAUGGUGUGGUGCUGGUGCUGGUGUUUUGGUCUGGGCUGUCGCCGUCGUGUGGCCGGGUCGCAUGGACCCUAAAAGGGUGCCCCUGCAGCCUCGCUCGAGUCAUGUCCGGGCCCCAUCAUGGGCGCAGGGCGGCACAGUAAAGUACUCAUCGCACUCGUCCUCACCUACUGCGUCUGCGGCAACUUCUUGGCGCUCUCGUCUGUCGUGGCUCUCGGCGCCAACAUCAUCUGCAACAAGAUCCCGGGUCUAGCCCCGCGCCAGCGCGCCAUCUGCCGGAGCCGCCCGGACGCCAUCGUCGCCAUUGGUGAGGGAGCGAGGCUGGGACUCGCCGAGUGUCAGUACCAGGUGCGGAACAUGAGGUGGAACUGUUCCAACCCAGACCCGGAACACUCCAUGUUUGGUUACGAGCGAAUGGCCGCCAGCAAAGAGGCGGCGCUGAUCUACGCCCUGAGUUCGGCGGGAGUGACGUACACCAUCACGCAGUCGUGCAGCCGGGGCAACCUGACCCAGUGCGGGUGUGACCGCGACAAGCGUGACGGGCGUCUGGCACCCGAGGGCUGGAAGUGGGGUGGCUGCAGCGCCGACAUCAAGUUCGGCCUCAAGCUGGCCCGCAAGUUCAUGGACGCCCGCGAGAUCGCCGAGACCGCCCGCUCCCUCAUGAACCUCCACAACAACAGGGCCGGCCGCAAGGCGGUGAAGUACAGCAUGGGGACCGACUGCAAGUGCCACGGCGUGUCCGGGUCGUGCACGAUGAAGACCUGCUGGGCCACGCUGCCGCCCUUUCGAAAGAUCGGCGACGACCUGAAGAAGCGAUACAAGAAGUCCAAGCUGGUGGAGGCCUACCUGGGCCGGCGGGCCCGCACCCCGAUCUCCCUCGUCCUCAAGCGCUCCAAGCGGCCGCACCGGAAGCCGCGCCGCAAGCACCUGGUGCACCUGGAGCGCUCGCCCAACUACUGCGACUUCGACCCCAGCACGGGCUCGCUGGGGACGGUGGGUCGCAAGUGCAACCGCACCUCGGGUGGCACGGACGGGUGCGACCUGAUGUGCUGCGGGCGCGGGUACAACACGCACCAGUACACCCGCACCUGGCAGUGCAACUGCAAGUUCCAUUGGUGCUGCCGCGUCAACUGUCAGCGUUGCAGCGAGCGCACCGAGGAGUACACCUGUAAGUGACCAGAGUAGUGCCCCUUGCAAGUGACGGAGGAGUACACCUGCAAGCCACGCAGCGCCCAUUGCCAUGACGUCACGGAUUCUGCCCUCGCGCACGUGUGUGUAGUACUAAUGUUACUGCUGCGCUGUAUUGUUAUUACUAUGUGCUGCCGUGAUAACGUCGGUUGCCAUGACCACCUGAACAGGCCGCGUGACGGGGGUGAGCAUGAGGUUGGCGGUUCUGUGAAGGGGAAGGGGGAGAGAUGGAGUGAUGCAGUUCGCCACCGCCUUUGCAUCACCAUGACUACGGAGCUGCCUGAAGGUCUUCUGCUGACUAAAUCACGUGAUUAUGCACCCGAGGGAGGUGUCACGGGUGUCCGCGAGUCUGUGCACGUGAGACAAUGCAAUCGUGCUUGAGGAUGGAAGUGCAAGCAGUCUAACGUUUUAUUAUCACGUGCUUCGAGCAAUAUACAAGCAACUGACUCGCAUCUUUAUGUGCAAAUUAGGGUGGAUAAUUAUGGACUGGAAAAUUCGUUGAAACAAGAAAGUCAGUUUGUUUGUUUACUCUCCCAUCAGUGUUUCGUAUAUCUGACUCACAGCAACGUUGUCAACAACCCAUUGCUGUAAACUCGUGUAAACACGUCAUCAACACGUCUUUGUUGACAUGACAGAUGGUCCAGGACCCCGAUGUCAACCGAUCUGUUGGCAUUGGGUCUACACACGUGUUCAAGACGGGUGGCACUGUCAAUAUAGGCACAAACACACGAUGAACAUGGCUGCUGACACUGGUAACGACACAACAGUCCCAUCAUCCUCUUUCUUCCGGCCUGCGCACAGACAGGUAACCACCAACUGGCCAUAAUUGGCGGCGUCGACUUUAGUCACGUGGUGGCCAGCACUAUCAGUGACGUCAGCACGACAUGGCGCUUGACGCUACAGAAAUAUUCACGGAUUUUAUUUUAGCGUUGACAUAUCUCCCUGUCCACAGCUGACAGACACUUGUCACAACUUCAGGUAGACUCGUGAUAUGCCGUGAUCAAACGGGUUCGAGGGACAAGGGUCACUUCCGACACUUGACGUCUCUAAGGCGAUGACUAGUGACCUACGCUUGUCGCCAAGAUGAGGACAAGACAAGUGUUAUUGGAGCAUUAACAGAACACUCCCCUACCCCAUAAAAAAAACCCAAGGACGACAUUUUUGGGUAUGUUGGGGAUGGGGACUGGUGUCAGAGAGAUGAAGACAUGAGUAGGAUGUAGUUGUGACACUACCAAGGCGAUGAUGUGUAUGUGUAAGGGUGGGGUAUGGGGUAUGGGGAUAGGGGUGAGCGUGCGUGUCUGGGCUAUGCACUGAGGUCACAAUAUUGUGUGUUUGCAGGUUGGCGGGUGGUUUGGGGGUGAGGUGAGGACCAAACGGAAGCGGGUAGCAAUCGUGCAGAAAACUGCCACUCAGUUAGUUGACACUAUUCGAAAACUGUUUCCACUAGCUACCAUGCUGGUCAAGAGACAUCGAAGAUCAUGAAGGACGAUAACCAAGAGAAGGUGUCAAGGGAAGUAACUUGCGAACUUGGCAUUACGUCAAAAAAGUUGUCAAUAUUUGUGAGUUGUGAUGAAGUCAUCGGUGACGUCAUCCUGUCGCUUGGAAUGACGUGUCUUUGGCUGCUAUGGCGGACAAGGUCAGAUUGGCUUGUGGCAUCACAUGACUUGGUUGUGGUUGUUCAUUGGAUGCAUCCUGCGUACAUAAGGCGUGCGCACGUGCGUGAAUGGUCCAAUGUGUACUCUGCAAGUAUGAACGCGAAAAAACAAUGCAUUCAAUCGAUAGAUCGAGAGAAAGAGAGUGAGAGAAAGAAAGAAAGAAAGAAAAGAAGAGUGCAGUAUGAGGGUCUGAUGUACGACUUCCGUUCAAAACACGAAAGAAACUUUCAACAGCGAUUUCGUGAUGUAAGAAUUGAACUACACCUACGUCCAUUAGCACGAUGGUCCAGAGGUUGAAAGCAUGAAAUUUUGACAUUUGACAUCGGAAUGUACACAUUACCCAUGUACACCUAUGUGGGGGAAGAAUAACAUGUUUAACAGCUCGCUGUAUCCGCUAUAGAUGUACGCUUGUUGUCAGUGGAAUACCCGCUUGCAAUACUGUGUCCUUGCGCAUGUUUUGCACUUCCUGUGUGCGUGUAUUCUUAACGUUGAAAUACCUCUUUGCACGCAAAGUGGUGUGUAUGUGCGUAUGUGUGUAUGUGUGCAUACUUUUCUAUACAGGGAGGGAGAAAGAGUGCGCAAUAACGUAUUCGACUGUGUACUUAACUAAACAAGAUUCCGACGAAUGGAAGUAGAUUCCAUUGAAUCUAGCCUCCACUUUAGACGAUUUCUGUUCCUGCAACUGCUACUACCACUGAUAUAGCUACACUACUAUUCUCUGAUACCACCAGCAGAGGACUCGACAACUGCUCAACAGUGAAGGUGAAAGAUGAUGACGAGUAACUAAACCAUGAGCUGUCAAGAUGUCAGCUUCCCCUCUAUAUCGACGUGUCGCAUUCAUCUGAAGUCAUCAUGCAAGUCGGACAAAUUCAUCCUCCGACCCUCUACCUAUUGGGCAUCACUAAAUAGACCUCGUGUACAUGCUGAAAUAGAACUUAGAGCAAACAGGCAUUACUAUGUGUGAUGUCACAUAAACCAUGGACCAUGAACAGAUUGAUACAUACCUCCUCACCUUCGAAGUCGUUUACGAGAACCACAAAAACAUUGACAUUAUAUGAAAAAUAGGAGAAUGCAGUAACGGUGCAUUGGAAGUAUUGAGACAUUGCCGCUUCAUCAUCUCCUUUAUGGCGAGUUGACGGCUUCAAGCACAGGCAGGCAGGGCCUGUCCAUUAGGUUCACAUCAGUAUGUGGUCCUCAUCGUUUUUGUCUACACCUUAAAGUGUUAAAUGUACUCAGAAAUAGGGUGGACGUUCUCACAUGGGACAACGGACCCAAACCUAGAUGCGGUCCAAGCAACUGCGACAACCCACCACGACUUUGACAACCCACGCUUUUCUAUGAUUCUACGCUGCGCGAUCAUCGCUUUGCUCUUAACUUCAUCCAUCUCACAACGAUUUGUUAACCACAUUCUUUGUUGACUGGCUUCGGAGGGUUAACACCAGCUGAAGCUCGUGUGCGACUGAUUGGAACGAAAAUCCACGUGCGUUUUAUUUUAUUUUGUCCCCCAAUCCCACCCUCCUACCAAAGCAAACUCCUCAAUCGUCUUUUUUUCCUGUCCAUGAGAAUAGUGACGUCUGCCGCACCACUUCCUGUGAGUGUUAUCUCCCUUUCUCUCCUCCUCACUUCCCAUGGCGUAUAUCAUCAUUCCAUCAUUGCAACGUGUAGUUCUAAGUUUUUCCGCGUGUCUCAGUAGACUUCGUAUGUCUUUCGGUUUCCUUGUCUGAAAUUAGAUGGGUUUUCUCCUUUUCUUCAAGCAGCUUUCGCCUCCUUGCAGACUGCAGUCGAAAGUGGGAAGAAAAUGAAAUAAUGGACCUAACCGGUCGCAAGCCUUCUACGAACCCCCUGGUUACUGUUGCUAAUGGUCUACAAGCUUUUACGCCCUAGAAGAUUGUGGAAUUCUUUACAGGUGUGAAAACUAUGAUUAAAUUAAAUAUUAAAAAAGGUUAAAAGGGAGUGCACCAAGUUUACUUCCAGGCCAUCUUGUCCUAGUGUACCGUGUACUUGUUAUUCUAUGAAUUUAUUUGAGACGAAGCUGUAGAUAAAAUUAAAAUUUUAAGUUAUAUUUAUAACGAGCUCCUGAUCAAACGCUAGUAUUUGGAAAAUUGUCUCAUAAAGUCAUUCCCCUUGGGCCUCCAUUUUCUUAAAAGCCUUGGGUAAAAGCUUGUGAGGUCCCUAAAACAGAAUUUUAUCCCCUUCAUCACCUGAGGGUGGGGACAGUAGUUGCAAUCUGGGCUACCCCGGGUGCAGCCACAUUCGGUCAGCCACAACGAAAACCUGCAUGCCAUUCAUCACUUCAGUUACUGAAAAUUUGUGUCCUCCAGUUAUAUAAAAAGAGCCUACCUUUUACUGACAUAUUUGUUUUUCUCAACAUUUUAUUUGACAAUACCCACCAAACAAAUUCUUACUUUGGUCCCUAAUUCAAAUCCAUGAGAAAGAAAGGUGUUAAUGAUCUCAAAAGAAACAGAGUAAAAGGUUUAGAAGUAUAAAGAAAAAGAAAACAUUGAAGAAGCAUAAAUUUCGACUGAAAAAUUCAAAAUACCAGCAGGAAAAUGUGAUUUCCAUGCUACACCAUGACACUUUCAGUAAAUUCAGAGGAAAGUUACAUUGUAUCUUUUUAAUUUAUCAUCGCAAAUGAAUUUUUGGUUAAUUUAAAAGAAAGCGGAAUGAAUUCAGCCUCCUUGAAAUGGAUAUAGUGAAUCCAUCCAGAAAGUUUUUAUUAUUUUAAACUUCCCAGUAUUGGUGAGGCUCUUGAGUGAAAGGACAUGGAAGAGAAGAGAAUGGAAGCAGCGACGAGGACGGCAAGAUGCAAGAUAGCCAGGGGGGAACAUUUCGGGGAAUGGGGAGGGGAGGGUGAAUGUACCCUAGUCAACCGAAGGUUCGUUUUUUUUUUUCUUUUGAGACAAAAGAGGUGAGGGCUUAGGUUUUUAAUAAUUUAUGAUGUCCGUGCAUUUUCCAGUUUUACAUGCCGAAUUUUCAUUUACAACCGUAUUUAUUAUGCGUUUCGUCCGCCAACCUAGCCGCACAGAUGCAAUUUAAUCUGCGGCGCUAAAAGGGUAUGCAAGAACCAUAACAUUUUAGCUGAGAUAUUAAAAUUAUUGUUUUUUAUCUUAUAGAGAAAACGACAUUUUUUUACUUUUCUAUAUUCAGUUUUAUUUAGUUUUCCAUAGAAAUAUUAAUUCUUUUUAUACUUAUUUUUUUUCUCAUUCUUUACAUUCUUCUCCUUCCUUUCUCUUUGAUAAAAUGUUCAGGAUUUUUUUCUUAACUGUGUAAAGCUAGUUUUCACAACAGUUCGGAUUUUUCGCAGAAUGCUUACUCAUGUCUGUCUGACUUUGGACUAUCUGUCUUCUCAGUAAAACUCCACAUACUUUGUCCUAAAAUAUUGCUUAUGGAGUGUGCGAAAAAUGCGAGAAGACAGCGAGUAAACCGCAGUAAACGAGUCUAUGUAUUACUUUAAUUUAUGUGAGAUUGUAUAAAAGGUAUUUGUAAGAGUCGUACUUCACGCAGACUAACUAAAUAUGAAGAAAUUUGGUGUACAUUUGUUGAAAGUUGUACUAUUUUGCACUUGGACAUGUUACGGUAUGAUGGUGUAGAAUUACAUAAUGUCUACCUUUCCGAUUCAGACAAUUAAAAAAAGUAAACGUUUCCAAACACCCUAUAUUUUGCUUAUAUGUUUAAAACAUAAUAAACUCUGUCCGUAUAUACUGAUCUCUUAGUUUUCGUAUUUAACGUGGUCAAACCAUCAUGAAAUUUUGAUAAAUCUCGGAAUAAUUUAUUGUUCACAACAAUGAUCAAUGUCAUCGCAUUCAACUUUUGAGUGAUGUUUAUAUGAAUUUUUUUUUGUUUGGGGAAAAAAAAAGAAAUGUUUUCCUAAAGCGUUUAAAGGUGACAGGGUUGUCAAAGAACAUGGUCACCUACAACAAUGAUCUAAUCAUCUUUUGUUUUUGUUUGUUUGUUUUUUGUUACCACACCGGGCGAAUGUACUUUCUGUAUAUAUUUGCAAUAUAAACCAUUAUCUGUUGUAAUUGCUGUUUAACUACUGUCGAGCAUACAAAAAUUCAGAAGGUCUUUGUGUUUUAUUGCUGUUGACUGCUUCUGACGAGACUGGUGGAAGUUGGUUGGACACGUGACUUGUGGGGUUAGACGCGUGACUUGUGGGGUUAGACGCGUGACUUGUGGGGUGAGACACGUGACUUGUGGGGUUAGACGCGUGACUUGUGGGGUGAGACACGUGACUUGUGGGGUUAGACACGUGACUUGUGGGAAGAGGUAUGCAGCCUUGACCUUCAUAGCCUCGGUUCUGUGAUGGCGUGAUCUUGCAUUUACUCGUCCUGCGGCAGUUUCGCCAACGUUUUAUAAACUCAUGGGAAGGAAGAAUAUUAAUGUGUUGGGUCCUCAACUAGUGUCGAAAUGUUUGACAAAUUGUAAACUACUUUCUUGUGAAGAAGUACAUGCGCCACGUACCAAA